GGCCGAGAAAGUGCAUGAUGCAUUUGUUUUCUUAAAAGUCAGGCGACUUGCUGAUUCAGCACUUACAGAGGAAGUACAUGUUACAUUUGUUUUGUUAAAACUCGGGCGACUAACUGACUGAGGAUAGUGUUCCUUGUUUGUUUGUAAGAGACAGGGGUCUUUUUUGUUGUGCUGGACUUAAGCUCCUUCGCAACUUCGCCUUCGUAACUUCGCACAUAAUUUGAGAGCUUCCUGAUGGCAGAGUGGGUAUCAACGACUGGAAAUACAAUCCCAGAUAAUGCGAUACGUGCUGGGUACGAUAUUAACAAAAAGGCUUUGUUUAUUGCCCGGGCUGUAGUCUCGGGCGAAAUGACCCCCGGAAAAUGCGGAACCCACCUCGAAGGGGCACACAUUCCUUUCGCUGGCAAAGAGCAUAUUAUCCAGAAUUACGAGGUUCUAGUCUACCCGAUCAACGCCUUGGGGUUCUUAGACUGGCAACAGGCAUCCAAUGGUGACGUGCCGGGUAACGCCAUCGACACAGCCAGCGGCAUCUACAUAGGACGGGUUCUUUACUCCGGAAGUCUGAUUCCUUGCAAGAUCCAUACCGGCUUCAAGGUUGCCUACAUGGGUUUCGCCGGUAAAGAACACCAAUCAAAGGAAUACGAAGCUCUGUAUAAAGUCAUUUAGUUGGAGGAGAUGACGAGCAAAAUAACUUGAACGCAAAACUAAGUGAACUCUUAUCGCAUUUUACUGUUAUUCUUUAUAUUUAAUGAAAUAUUUCAACGCUGUGAAAUAAGUUCUUUCUCUAAUAAAUUCUGAUUUUGCACCA